CCAACACCAACUCAGAACGGGAUGCAGAGGCCGGGUGCCAGUGAUUGAUGGCGGUGCGGUCAAACACUCAUUGAUCUGACAGCGCAGCGUCAACAAGUCGGCUCACGUCAGAGAGAGCAAACGCAUGCAACCGCGUCUGCCCGUUCUAAUGAACAGCAGGCCUCCCCCGUUAAGCACAUACCUUACAUGCGUCGUACUUCGAGGCCGCCUUGCCAUUCAUCAUAACUUAGUACACGGCAGCAGCAUGCAGCCUCACAGGGACGAAUAAAGAAGAAAAAAAAAUAUUCGAGACACUCAGCGACAUCGAACCGUCACACACACUCAUUCUAUCUCUCUCUGCGCUCUCUCUCUCUGCAUCUCUCUCUUUGCACUUCCAUCUUGCGGCCGCUCAUUCGCCAUGUCUGCUUGAGCGACCGAGGAGUGAGAGGGACGCCGAGCCGCGAUGAGCGCCGUCGAUGUCAUGGCCGGAGGCACUGGCGGCGGGACUGCUAGCGCCUCUAUCAGCGACCACCCGAGUCAGCAGCACCAGCUCCAGCAGCCCCUUCCGCACCAGGGACCGCAGGGAUCGCUGGCGGCGCUGGGAGCAGCACCUGGCUCCGUCCAGCAGAUGGGUCGCGGUAGCGAGGGAGGCCGCGUCAAUGCCGCCGCCGCCAACAGCAGCAACAGGGCCAUCCAGCAGGUCAAUCAGCAGCAGCAGGCCCAACAACAGCAAGUCCAACAGCAGCAGCACCAGCACCAGCAUCAGCAGCAACCGCAACAACAACAGCAGAUCCACCAUCGUCGACAGCCCACGCCCGCCAUCAACAACUUUGCCGACGCCGCCAUCUUCUCGAGCCAUCAACCACCACCGCCGUCGCAUCACCAGCAACAGCAAAUCCAAGCACAACAACAACAGCAGCAGCAGCAGCAGCAGCAGCAACUGCAGCCGCGCCCGUACCCGCCACAGCAAUUCCACCAACAAUCCGCCGCCCUGCCCAACGUCGGCCCGACCCAGCACCAGCAACAACAACAGCAGCAGCAGCAGCAGCAACAGCAGAUCUCGCAGCCGCAGCAGCAGCAAUACGCCCUCCAGCAGCCGUCGCAGUAUCAGCAAGCCAUGAACGGCGUCAACGGCGGCGCCAACAUGGCCGCCAUGCCCGCCCCGGCGCCCACGCCCGCCGGCCACCAGGCCGAGCUCAACUACAUCUACGGCAUGGUCGAGGAGCUGAGUCGCCAGCUCGCUGACAACAGGCGCGUCACCGAAGAUAUUGUCAAUGGGCUCGGUCGCGUCCGCAGUCGCGCCCGCUCCCACGCUCUCGCCAACGAUGACCUGAUGGCCGCCGCCGCCGACGACCUCGAGGUCGACGGUCAGAACCUCGACGCCCUCGUCUCCAUUCUCUCCGAAGCCCUCGAAAAGGCCAAUCACUCGCGCGACCAAAAUGCCGCCCUCCUCUCCCAGUACGCGAGCGCCCUCGCCCUCAUGCUGCGCCAGUUCCACGAGUACAAGGCCAAGCACGUCGCCGACGUGGCCGCCUGGCACCGCUCCUACCGCGUCCAACUCGACGAGGCUCGCCGCGAGAACAGCCGCCUGCGCGAGCAGAUGUGGGAGAUGCAGGCCCACGCCCGCGCCGCAAACGACUCCCUGCGCGGCUUCCGCCGCCGCUGGGACGAGGACGAGGUCCGCUGGGCCGCACGCGUCGACGCCGUGGCCGCUCGCCAGGAGGUGCGCUUCUGGAAGCGCAUGGCCAUGCCCGAGCUCGACGACGACGACCCCUACUGGAGCGGCGACGACGACAUCGUCGACAUCACCGAGAAGGAGCGCGUUGCCGAGCUCGAGCGCAGGGCUGCGCAGGAGCAGAUGAUGGAUGGCCGCGUCGACGAGGAGGAAGAGGAGGCCAUGAUGGCAAGCGGCGGACCCGACGGCCAGGCGCCGUUGCCGCAGCUCACCAUGCUGGGCGGCAUCGCGAUGCAAAGAGACGAACCCGCUGUGAGGGCGGUGCCCAUGCCGCCGCCGCGGCCACUGAGCGCGGCGUCGAGCACGGGGUCGACGGGACAAUAGGCGCGUUGGGGCUGUCGGAGGAAGCAUCGCAUCCAUGGCGCGCGAAGAGUCAAAAAUAUACCCCCAUUGUACAAUACGCCUGGCGGCACACAGCACAGGCAUGAGUGGCAUGAUGAGCAUAUUCGACCAACGAAUUAGAGAUGACGCUGAAUUCAAGGCGAUUCAAUG